UGAAACUAUUGUUGCGGUGGAAAAAUUGUCCGUGAAAGCAAGUGGACAAUCAUGAAGGAGACUGUAUUCAUAGUUUAUGUGUGUUUUGUAUCGUGUCUUACCGAAGGAAUUGCGCAAAACAUUAAAGCAGGAUCGAAAGAGCUUUCCGAGUUGGACAAUGAUUUCGAAGAUGGAACGCUGCAGCCAUGGAUCGAAGAAUCGCAAGGAAGUGUUCGAUGGAAGGUGGGCAAUCAAGCGUCAUCUUGGGAGCCAAACAACCCAGCACCUCAGCCAUUAAACGGUAAAAAUUAUCUUCGGGUUGAUCGAAGAGGAUCUAAAUCGUUCGGUGUAGCAAUUCUGCGGAGUCCGACGUUUAAACUUCCAUCCGGCAAUGAAAUUAACGUUUCGUUUGCAUUCUGGAUUCGUUCCAAAUGGCCCGCGUUCACCAAUCUCGAGGUGUACUUGGCACGUAACGGAAAUGAAGAACUCCUAGUUAAUUUGUACAAUUACUCAGACAUAUCCAAUCGAUCAUGGCAGUCUCGAUCGCUUUUUGUCACCGGUCAAUCUUCUUCAACUUUCUCAUUAGUCUUUUACGCUUACUGUGGCAUAGACGCUGAAGACGCCGUUGCCAUUGACGACAUUCUAUUCAGCCCAGCAUCCCAAGAUUUCACGACAUUGGCAGUUACUGAAUCAACAACAAAUGGACAAACAACGACUGCCGAUGCUCCAGCGUGUCCAUCAUCGCUGUUUAACAUGUGGCAUGCACAUGACUCCUUUGUCUGCCCAAAUAAUCUUGAUAUGCUUCAUCCCAUCCCGGGUGAUGCUUGCAGUUCACAAUAUUAUGAAUGUGACAACUGUGUUGCGACAUUGAUGGAUUGUGAGGGCAAUAAGAUUUACAACGAUGAGGCCCAAGAUUGCCAACCGUGCAGCCAAGUGCCAAAAUGUCGGGAUCAAUGCAAAAAGUGAUUUUCAUUUCACGCUGAUUGGAGUGGUUUCCGUUAUGUCCAUCAUUCAAAUGGCGAUGGCAACAAAUGGAUGCAAUUGUUUCUCAUCCGACAAGUUUUAUGCGAGUUAAACGCCAUUGCGUUACGUCGUUUGGCCUAAUAGGUUGUUUCAAAUAAAUGAAUUAUAUUUCU